AUGGCCAACCAAGCCGCCAAGAAGGCGCAGCGCGCCAGCGCGUCGCUCAGCACGCGGCUGCAGCAGUGGAUCGUGCCCAUCAACGUGCUGUACUUGCUGUACUGCGUCCUGUGGCACUACAGCUCGGUGACCACGUGGACGCUCGUGGGCUACGUCUUCCUCACGGCGUCCACGUACCUGAGCUACUCGUGGGUCGUCGGCGCAGCUGAGGAGGGAGGCAGCAGCGAAUGGACCUGUUUGUUGUCUCCCGGUGUCCGCUUUAGAUACGCGAUGGACGUCCUCAUCAUCACGCUCUUCGUGCAGGCCGGGCUCAUGGUCUCGAGCUACUUCUGGCUCGUGUACCUCGUGAUCCCGGGCUACCUGCUCUACCACGGCGGCCGCAUGCUGCUCAACUACGUCUUCACUCCGGACCCGACGGACGAGGACGACCCCGCGGCGCUCAAGAAGAAGGAGAAGGCCGAGCGCAAGGCUGCACGCCCCAAAUUCCGACACAGCCGUCGGUAG